AUGCGCCCAACAGCUGCACGAUCAAAUCGAUCAUCUGUACAUCAUCCUCGAUCAUCCCCGAUCCCAAGCCCAUCGACAACGUCCGUUUAUCAUCAGCCACAACAACAACAAAUUUUAUAUGCUCCCAUCAGUAAUCCAAUGGUGACUCUUCAACCAUGUGGGACAGUACUUCACCCUUCGUGCGUUUAUCCGAACGUUCAAUCUCACGUUGGUUCAUCGAAUUCCGCUGCUUUACAUCUUCAAGGUAAGAAUAAUCGAUGGCACUCCAAGAACAAAUCAUCCCGCGGUCAACUAUGCUACCAACAACAACAGCCGCUUUCUUGCAACGCGAAACCUGUGGCUCUCCUUGACCAACCGUCUUCUAGCAUCGCCCCGAUUCCAUCGUCGACCACGUCCUUCUUAGUAGCUUCGUCCACAUUUGCUCAUGCUGGACCAUUGUCCAGCGAACAUUACAACAACAAUUCCAGAGUGACACAUCUGUUACCGCAAUCCUUCAACUUUAAGCCGUCAAACGUACAGACCUUCUGCCUCAUACAGGACCGACAAAACGCCCAGCAACAGCAUCCGAUACAGGCUUCUUACUACAAUAUCUCGGCUACAAACACCUGCAGUUUGCAAACCAUCAAUCCCAACUCAUCCUUCCCGCUUCCCAGCCUCAAUCCUUACACCAAUCUAACUACUUUCAAUAGCAAUCAAUUUCCAGCGACAGUGCAAUCCUCCCCGCUCUUCACGAAUUCGCCUGUUGGUCUAGUCCUCGCUCCGACGCAAAAAAACAAGUUUUUACCCACAUCUGAUUUCUCGUCGUUGAAAAAUAACGCAAGCAAAACAACACCACGUAUCUGUGAAUCUCGAAUCGUUCCUGUCAGUCAUAGUGACAAUUUCAAUGGUUGGCCACUUCAGAUUGAAACGUCUGCCAAGAAUUCAUGCGACGCGCAUACUGCGGGCAACAGCAAGGAUCUCGAAUCUACUGAUCACGCUUCGCAGAAACCUAUUUCCGCGAAAACCGACGAGGAACAUUACUCGGAUGAAUCUUCGAACAGCUUCGACUUUACCAUUGAGGCCGAGAAGAUGGUCUCAGCUUUAUGUAACACCACAUCUUCAAAUGAUUUGGGUAAGGAGGAGUCGAAACCCGAUAAUAAAACUGACUCUGCGCCGUUAUUUAGCGGCGCCGGCGAUAAUGUGUCUAAUAAGGCGAAUUGGUUCACCGAUUUCUGCUCCGAGUACGAAAAUGGAACGUCGAUAGGCGUUCAAACAGAUGCCUAUCCGUGUGCCGAUAGAUCACAGUAUCCAGAAUUGAUCCGGAAGACAGUUUAUUGGGGAUGCACAGAAGCCGAGAUUGUGCUCGGCUCUAACGAUUCGCAUACGGACUCUAAACAAAGCUGGUUAACGUGUCUAUCAUCCGCCACUAGAACGGCGAUUACCAAGUCAUCGACUUGUAUCCCGGUUUUCGCAGGAGAUCGAGUUCUCGCUAAUGAUCUUAUAAAUGCUCUUCUACGUAUCAGCAAUGGAUGGUUGAGUCUCGACAAUUACUUGAAUAAACAACAUUUUCCCAAUUUGAUUGACAGAUUGGAGCCCGAGUUAAUCUCGUGCUUUUAUAUAUGGGAAGAGAGCACAUGCGAACUACUAAAGCAAAUAGUGCGGACCUUUCAGAAAUUCGGAGAAAAUAAUGAAAAGACAGAUCAAAAAUGCAAUGCGAUUUGCGGAUCAUCUUCAUUUCCAGGCGAUGUGUCACUUUAUACGAACUAUAAUCUCUUCGCUCAACCGUCUUCGAGCUCCUUUAUUCAGAACACAGUUAGAAAAGUCUCUUCUCAAGAAAAUCCACCCAGUGCGACAUCGAUACCAUUAUCAACGAGCAGUCUACAUAAUUUUCAAUACAAUUCCGGUCAACAAGAGCAACAAUCGGCUGCUCAGAAGGAAAGUAAAUUACGGAGCAAGUGGACGAUCACCGAGAAUUUAUCAUCCGCGAUUAAUACCACCAAGUCUGUGCCUAAUGUCUCCAUAUAUCACAUGAAUGAUGUCAAUAGUCUGGCGAAUACAAAACUGCGUACGAAGAACGCAUCCUCCGCGUCACGGAAGUCCGAUUCCAUUCAAAAAUCAUUGAACGCCGAAUUUUAUCAGCUGAAGAACAAAGUGAUGGAGAGCAGUACGGAUACGACGAAGGACAGAAAACACGAUUUUAAAUCAGAAAAUAAACUUUUAACGUCACAUAGUAACACCGACCAAUCCAUCCGAAUGCAACAUUCAGCGACGAAUACUCCUCUAACUUACAAUGGACUGUACGCGCAGAAUUGUUUAUCCUUUACAUUUCCUUUGUCCAAUAAUCCGAGCUCUUCGUAUCCUGUGUCCAAUCCGGGGAUCUUAACUUAUGGUGGUUAUCUCUCUUCAAGAUAUUCUUAUCCGAUUACCGAUAUUAAUUCGAGAAGUAAUAGAAACUCCGAGCAAAAUUACGGAACUAAAAGCGCGAAGGUCCAUCCGACUUACGUCGGCAAAUCGCAGACCGAUCAAAUAGAAUUCCCGGCUGUACCUAGGAAUAAGAUGACUUUGCUCAGCCAAAUCGAGCCGAGAACAUUCGACAAGGAGUCCAAGGAAAUGGCUGCCAAUCUGUCGGCCUGGUUUGCCAGUAUGCGAAACGCGCAAUCUCCGGCUGCGUCCACUUUUGAAGAGUCGAAGAUGAAUGAGAACUUAGGGUCGCGAUUAUUCGCUCAGCAAGAGAUAUCAAAGUACUCGAUGAGCGUUCCUAAGCAGCCGCAGAUUGACGCGAAUCGACAGUUUCAAGCCUUGCAAAAUCUGCCGAAUAUUCAGAGUACACCAUGGGCCGCCAGUAACUUCAUCAAUCGUUAUCAGGCACAACACGCGCCGGAAGAGUAUGAUAGCUCCGAGGACGUGCGAGUAUACAUGAAACCAGGAAGCUACAACGUCCCGAGGAAGAGGCACCAGAGAAGAUUCAAUCGUCGAUCGGACAACAGUAACGCGACGUCUCGUAACGCAACGAACAAUCAUCACAAUGUAUGUGGCAAUAAAGGGAAGGGUAUAUCGAUACUUGCAUCGUCGACACCUCUGUCGCAUAUAAAUGCACCGACUACCAACAUCAGUAAUGCUACGCUAAUAAAGACGUCAUUCCCGCCGGCUUCGCAGCUACCUGCUCCUCUGUUCAAUCUUGAGAAUUCACCUAGGAUUUUAAAACGUACCGAAUCUUCAUCGCAGGAUGCUCAUCAAGAUGUUACAUGGAAAGCUGCGUGCGCUUCGGCCGAAAUACUUCUCGAAGCUCUUAACGUAAAAGACUGUAGCAAUACGUGCAGAAAGAUCGAUUGCAAUGAUAAUACCGAGAAAGAUAAUAAAAAUAAAGAGAAUGCCGAAACAUCGCAGCAGAGCGAUCUGAAAUUACUAAAGCGCAACAAUGUCGAUUAUGCCUCGUCCUACGAAGCCUCGGAAGAUGAUUCGGGAUCCACAUGCAGAUUAUCGCCUAGUACGAGCGUCCUAUCAGCAUCCCAAUUACGCGAGGAAGAGAAUGCAUAUUCAACAGCUCUCGGUAUCAGGACCAACGUGAAAACGGAUUCCUGGCUAAUCAGGACUCUCAAUAACGCGAGUAUCGUCGGCAAACAGAAGCGACACAAGGACGACAUAGAUCCACGAAGUUUAGAAUCUUCGAAUAGCUCGGAGACUGCAGACGUAAAACUAGAUCAAUUCGCAACGUCAUCAACUGCGGAUGCAGAUACGAAAACACCUGCGAUAAUCAUCGACAGCGAAUAUCCAGCGAUCUUCUCCCGCGAACAUAUCUCUGGUUUUUUCUCGAGAAACGAUCAAACAUUGACGAAAGAAUCGGAAAGUUAUGUUGGACGAGCUACGUAUUCCGAGACGGUGCGAAGAUCCAUAAAAACGAACAACGUGCCUUUGGAGAGAAAAGAGACGUGUAAGCCGUGCACGAUCAACUCAUCGGUGGCUACCGUAAUACCGAUUCCUGGCCGCAAGUGUCAGAGAAAAGAUCCGGAACAAUCUUAUCAGCUUUUACAUAAAUCGCGAAAAUCAGCUGAUAAGAAGACAGUGAGAAAUACGGGUGGCAACGAUCUCCAAUUGGAGGAAGGAUCGUGCGCGAAAAUCAACAGUGUCAAAUCAAACAAUAUAAUGUCAAAAUUGUCAAUCACUACGAAAACGCAUGGAAAAAAAGAUUUGGAACAUUCGAAAGACAAAUAUGCCAUUAAAUCAAGCGAUCGCGGCUGGUCGGUGUGGUAUAGUUCCAGGAAAAAGCAAACCCUCAGUUCUCUUGCGCUGAGUAAACUGGAAACGAUUCAUCAAACUGUCUGGCAAAUGGACGAAGCGAAGAUCUUCAAGUAUCCAUUCUCGUGCGAUAAUAAGGAUGGCCAGUCUCUGUCCGCAGAAAUAAUGGAGGAUUACUGCAAGGUUGUUAAAAGCCCAAUGUUUCUCGAGAUCGUCGAGUACAAACUAAAGAAUCGGAUUUAUCACAAAGUUGAGCACGCCGUAAAAGAUUUCCGUCGUAUUAUUCAUAAUGCGAGACUAUACCAUCAGCAUGAUGAUGAGCAAACAAAAAAGAUUGAGAUACUUUCGAAGAAAUUGGAAGAUCUACUCGAGGAACAUUUCGACAAUUGGGACUUCGAAAAUAUUACCGAAAGUCCGAGAGAAGAUUCAUCGAUGCAGCUGCGAUUGAAAACGAUCGGACAGAAACCGAACGCAGGAUGCUGCGACAGCGCAAAGAAGGGCACUUCUUCGUUGGCCAACGUGGAGAAUUCUUCAUUUCAUUGACUGUUGCUUUUCAUCUAACAAACUCCAAAUCGACCGAUUUAAAACACUAUCGCAUCCUGCUAAUGAAACUAGCAUUAUCAUUACAUUGAUCGGGGAAGUAGUGUAUGUAAUAAUUUCUUCUAGUCAUGAGUCACAUUUUGUACGAUUAAUUAAUAAUAUCUCGUUUCUUUCCAUUAUCGAAAAGCGAUAUCAAUAUUCGACGACUUGUAAACGCUUCGUUAAACUUUUCUGUCUCGACUUCCGAAGAGACGGGAUUCUGGACGAUUUUAUUGACUUUGAAAUGUGCGCGUGUGUAUUCUGUCCAUUAUAUAACUCUAUCCCAAUCUCAUAUAUCUUUAUGAAAAAAAAAAAAAACCUGUAUUAAACGUGUGAAUGUGUAUCGACAGAUAUUGAAUUUAUUCUUGUAAAAGAACAAAAGAAAAGUGCACAAUAGUAAGAGAUACCAACAAUAAUGUAAUUUCCACGUUUAUUAUUACAGCUCUAUUACUAAUGAAUGAUUUCGAUCUUUUAACUUCGAUACUUUUGUUGAGGUGUCGUUAGAUCAGAAUAAUAUGAAUCAUGAAAUAUAUUAUAUUGAUCAAUCUAUUA